CAUAUCACCAAGGACUUGAUCGUUUGACUUGGAUGAACACAAAAACCUCAAAAAUCCCAAUUUUAGUCUGCCCCAAAAACAGACGAUUCCAAACUAAAACCAUCGUAGAGUGAGACUGCGUGCAAAUACGUCUAUCACUCUUAACGUAAUCAAGAAAUCACAAUCAGAGGCUGUUUCGAUCAAUCGAAGAGUGUUUCGCAAAGAUAUCCUAAAGGUUCUUAGCUCAUUGAACUCUUCUUGUAGUAUCUCAAGUUGGUAAUACAGUCUUUCUCUUGUGGGGAUUGGACCUAUCAUCUCCAACAUUGUUCAUCAAAUCUGAGCAGUUGUAACUUUUACCACCGAAGUUUUAUUUCUGUAUUGACAGAAUUUAUGGUCAUGUAUAAACGGUCUAGUUGUUGCCAUGGUUGUUCAUAAGCAGGCUACCAUAGUACCAGCAACACAGAGUUAAUCAAGCCUGUGCAAUUGUAGUUGGUCUCUAAUAACACUCCAUCUCGUUCGAUACAGUUUAUAGCUCAUGAAUAAACUGUAUCGUUGGCGCUAUGGUCAUCUAUAAGCAGAUAUUCUAUUUGAUCUUGUAGGUCUGAGAGUGAGUUACCCCCAUUUCAUUCAGUUUUCAUGGUAUUUUGAAAUCAAGAUUUGUCACCAUUAAUUUUUAGUUUUGAAAGAGGCCAAUAUAGAUAGUUUGUAUGAUGGAACCAUCAAAACCCGACAACUAUGUUCAGUACAACUCAGUCCAAUCUGAGAAUAGCGACUCUGCACCUUCAUCGCAGAGCUUCCUAAAUGCAAACACUAGACCUGCUUCAGUAAAACCCGUGUUGAAUUAUUCCAUCCGGACAGGUGAAGAGUUUGCCCUAGAAUUUAUACGGGAUCGGGUGAAUCCUAGGAUGCCAUUCGUUCCAUAUCCUGCAGGGGAUUCUAAUCUAACGACAGGCUACAUGGAACUGAAGGGUAUUUUAGGCAUCAGUCAUACUGGGUCCGAGAGUGGGUCUGAUAUUUCCAUGCUCAAUAUUGUAGAACGAGGUUCAAAGGAUCACGAGCAUAAUUCUUCUCUAUAUGAAGGCACAAGUAACUUUGGAUCUGUGUCAUCAAUGCCUCAACCGUCAUCAGAAUUUAACAGUACACGGCCAGUUGUUCAUGGUUAUUCUUCUUCCGGUGCAUCUGAUGGUUCAUCAAAGAUUAAGAUCCUCUGUAGUUUUGGUGGUAAAAUAUUACCUCGUCCAAGUGACGGGAAGCUCAGAUACGUUGGAGGAGAAACACGAAUCAUCCGUAUAAGAAGGGAUAUCUUUUGGCAAGAGUUACGACAGAAGAUGAUAGAAAUCUAUAUUGAAACUUAUGCAAUCAAGUAUCAGCUUCCCGGGGAGGACCUUGAUGCUUUAGUUUCCGUCUCUUCUGAUGAGGAUUUGCAGAAUAUGAUGGAGGAGUGUCAUGUACUAGGUAUAGGAGAAGGGUCAAAGAAGCUUCGGUUGUUUCUAUUUUCUCUGAGUGACUUGGAUGAUGCCCAUUUUGGUCAUGCCAACUCCAGUGGUGAUUCUGAAUUUCAAUUUGUAGUUGCCGUAAAUGGGAUGGACAUGGGAUCAAGAAGAGAAUCGGGUAUGGAUGGUCUGAUGAGAUCUUCAGCAAAUAAUCUAAGUGAGCUCGAUGGACAAACCGUUGAGAGGAACAUCAGUAGAGCUGCAACUGACUUUGUUGGAGGCAACGCACCACUUUCAACCGAUCUCCAUGUUUCAUCAUCAGUGCCAGCAUCUUCUCCUGCUAUGCUACCAAACUCUUCCAAUGCUUAUGGAAACCGUAACCAGAUUCAUCAAGUGUUGCCAGUGCAUCACGGAGAAGCCAAUCUAAAUAUCCAACACCAUGCCUCUGUAUCUCGUCCUACAGGUGACAAACCUCCUGCUGAAACUUCUGUUCCACUGAAUACUGAUGGGCUCGUGGACCGUCAAGGAGGAUUUACUGACGGGUAUCCAUCUAGGACCAUGGUCGUGCAAAACCGACAGCCACAAAAGGAGGAAAAACCGAAGGGCGAUAGCUCUGUUAAGCAAGAAGUUAAACAAGCGAAUAUUAGAUCUCCAAGAGAUGAGGCAGCAUCAGGUGCCCUACCUUCAGGGGAAGGAAAGCUUCCUCCAAAACCGAAAAUGAACGAGGAGAGGCAUCAGGACCAAAUACAGGUCUCUCCUCCCCUCAAUGUUGCUAGCAUGGCAAAAGUUGUUGCAUCUAACGACAACGAUUCAUGCACAUCUAGCAUCGCCUUGGCUCCUGAUAACUCAGGGUCUGAUCUUAUUGAUUUGAGUUACCUCGAGCCUCCGGUACCACCUCCCCGGGUUUAUCAUUCCGAGAGAAUUCCACGGGGACAGGGAGAGUAUAAUAGGUUGACCAAGUCAGACGAUUCACUCGGUUCUCAAUUUCUUGUUACCCAUUUACAAUCUGAUGUUGAAUCACAGGAUUUCAUCUCAGAAUCAGUUGGAAGUUUACACACAGAAGAUCUACCUCCUCAAAACGAGCUGCCUCCCAUUUCAAUGGGAAAGCCGUCACAUACAAAUUCUCAAAUCACCUAUGGCGGUAAUGGGAAGUCAAAAGAGGCACCACAUGAAUCUGUGGAAGAUCAUGCUGUCAACAACGAUCAGGUUCAGAAUGCGAGUAAUGUAUCAGAUGCUACCAUGAUCAGUGAUAAGAAAGUUAAGUUUGAUAAACCUGCAGAAACUGGAUCACACUUGAUGCACCAGCAGAAACAGACGACUAGUGAUUUUACUGCUAGUGGUGCUCAGGUGCAUGCUCAAUCGUCGGCUCCCAGUGCUUCCCGGCCAGAGCAAGGAGACAUUCUUAUCGAUCUCAAUGACCGUUUUCCCCGUGAUUUUCUCUCUGAUGUAUUCACAAGAGCGAUGGCUGAAGAUUCACCUGGUAUUGGUGUCCUGCCACAAGAUGGAGCUGGAUUGAGCUUGAACAUUGCAAAUCAUGAACCUAAGCACUGGUCAUUUUUUCAGAAAUUAGCAAGGGGUGAGUUCCGGCAGAAGGAUGUUUCUCUUAUUGACCAGGAUCAUCUUGCUUUUUUAUCUGGACUUCAGAAUAUUGAAGAAGAAGCCUCUGCUGUCUAUAAUGUUGCAAAGUUUAAAAAUGAUGUUUCUGGAAGUCAGUUGGAUUCCCAAAACACUAUCAUUGAAGAUGAAGAAAAAGAAAUAACUGGGUCAGAGUCCACAUCUAUGCAACCACAUUAUAAUCCUUCACAUAUGAAAAGCAGUGAGGGUAUGCAGUUUGGUGAUCUGGCUGAAAACUUGAGAAUGCCAGACUCAGAGUAUGAGGUUGAGACGAGGAAUGACGGGUUACCUUCUAUUGAUCUUUCUCUUGGUGAUCUUGAUAUCAGUUCUUUGCAGAUCAUACGAAAUGAAGAUCUUGAAGAAUUAAGGGAACUUGGUUCUGGUACUUUCGGUACCGUGUACCAUGGAAAAUGGAGGGGAACUGAUGUCGCAAUUAAGCGCAUCAAGAAGAGCUGCUUUGCAGGCCGUUCAUCUGAGCAAGAAAGAUUGACCAUAGAGUUCUGGCGCGAAGCUGAUAUUCUCUCAAAGCUUCACCAUCCGAAUGUAAUGGCAUUUUAUGGUGUGGUACAAGACGGGCCUGAUGGAACGUUAGCUACUGUCACAGAGUUCAUGGUUGAUGGCUCACUAAGGCAUGUCUUACUUCGCAAAGAUAGGCAUCUUGAUCACCGCAAGAGGCUUAUAAUUGCAAUGGAUGCGGCCUUCGGGAUGGAGUAUUUACACUCCAAGAACAUUGUACACUUCGAUCUGAAGUGUGACAAUUUGCUUGUGAACAUGAAGGAUUCUUCACGCCCUAUAUGCAAGGUAGGUGACUUUGGACUGUCAAAAAUCAAGCGGAAUACUUUGGUUUCAGGUGGAGUUAGGGGAACCCUGCCAUGGAUGGCGCCAGAGCUACUGAAUGGUGGCAGCAAUAAAGUUUCUGAGAAGGUUGAUGUUUUCUCCUUUGGGAUCGUGUUAUGGGAGAUCCUUACUCGCGAGGAGCCAUACGCAAAUAUGCACUAUGGCGCCAUCAUAGGAGGCAUUGUGAAUAACUCACUUAGACCCACCAUUCCAAGUGAUUGUGAUCCCGAGUGGAGAAGGCUGAUGGAGCAAUGUUGGUCCCCUGAUCCCGUGGUUAGGCCAUCCUUCACUGAAAUAACUAAUCAAUUAUUGGUAAUGUCUGCAGCCUGCCAAAGUAAAGGGCAUGCUCAUAAAGCGUCUUAAUUUGCUUUGUUACUGUUUCUCUUCAAACAAUCAUAUAUACAAACAGGGUAUACUUUAUCAUGCAUAAACCCAGAUUAUUAUCGACUUAUUGUAUUUGUAUCCAAUUGAAAAGAAUAUAUGAAUAUUUGAUUAUAUACAUGUCAAGUGGACAAAUUUUUUGUGC